AUGAAGUACCUCCAGUUCCUCGCUGCCGUUGCGGCCGUCUCUGCCUUCUCCGGCCCCGUCCUUGCCGGCUCGGUCGUCGACAACACCAACCAGGUCGUCCCCGUCCAGCUCACCGGCGCCCUCCUCUCGCAGGUCGGCAACGGCCAGGUUGCUGAGCGCUCCGUCAAGGUCGACAACGACGCCCAGUUCGUCCCCGUCCAGGGCACCAUCGCCGCUCUCUCGGCCGUGCUGAACAAGCAGAACGUCGAGAAGCGCCACGACAACAUCGUCGAGAACACCAACCAGGUUCUCCCCAUCCAGGCCACCCUCGCCGCCCUCUCCACCGUGCUCAACGAGCAGAAGGCCGCCGCCAAGCGCGACAACGUUGUUAAGAACGACAACCAGGUCAUCCCCAUCGAGGCUACCCUUGCCGCCCUUUCGGCUAUCGCCAACGGCCAGGCCUCGCGCCGCAGCGUCGACGUCAAGAACUCGGCCCAGUUCGUGCCCAUCCAGGCUACCGCUGCGCUCCUCUCGCAGGUGCUCAACGAGCAGCACGUCAGCAAGCGCGGCGACGUGGUUGACAACACCAACCAGGUGCUCCCCAUCCAGGCCACCCUUGCCGCCCUCUCGCAGGUCGCCAACAUCCAGAAGGCCGAGCGCUCUGUCACCGUUGACAACGACGCUCAGUUCAUCCCCAUCGAGGCCACCCUCGCUGCCCUCUCGGCUGUUGCCAACGGCCAGAAGGUCGAGAAGCGCACCUUUGGCGGCGACAUCGUCGAGAACACCAACCAGGUGCUCCCCAUCCAGGCCACCGCUGCCCUGCUCUCCCAGGUCGCCAACCUCCAGUCCGCUGGUGCUAAGCGCCACUGGAGCGAGGGCGGUGAUGUUGUCGAGAACACCAACCAGGUUCUCCCCAUCCAGGCCACCGCUGCCCUCCUCUCGCAGGUCGCCAACAUCCAGAAGGCCGGUGCCAAGCGCGGCUACGUUGUUGACAACGACAACCAGGUCGUCCCCAUCCAGGCGACCCUUGCUGGUCUCUCCCAGGUCGCCAACGGCCAGAGCGUCGAGAAGCGCGGCAAGGUCGUGAAGAACACCAACCAGGUUCUUCCCAUCCAGGCUACCGCUGCUCUGCUCUCGCAGGUCAAGAACGUCCAGACCGCCGGCAAGCGCUGGGAGCACGAGGGUGGUGACGUCGUUGAGAACACCAACCAGGUCCUCCCAAUCCAGGCUACUGCCGCUCUCCUCUCGCAGGUCGCCAACGGCCAGACCGCCGGUGGCAAGCGCUGGGAGCACGAGGGUGAUGUCGUCAAGAACACCAACCAGGUCCUCCCCAUCCAGGCCACCGCCGCCGCCUUCUCGCAGGUUGAGAACCUCCAGCACGUCGCCCGCAAGGCGCCCGAGUUCGACUCGGUUGUGAAGAACACCAACCAGGUGCUUCCCAUCCAGGCCACCGCUGCUCUCCUCUCGCAGGUUGAGAACCUCCAGCACGUCGCUCGCAAGGCGCCCGAGUUCGAGCACGAGGGUGGUGACGUCGUCAAGAACACCAACCAGGUGCUGCCCAUCCAGGCUACCGCCGCGCUCCUCUCGCAGGUCGGCAACCUGCAGACCGUCAGCAAGCGCGGCGAGCACGGCGACAACAUCGUGGAGAACACCAACCAGGUGAUCCCCAUCCAGGCUACUGCUGCUGCGCUCUCGAGCGUGCUCAACUCGCAGAAGGCGAGCCGCUCGGUUGUUGACAACGACAACCAGGUUGCGCCCAUCGAGGCUACGCUUGCUGCUCUUUCGCAGGUUGCCAACGGCCAGGCUAGCAAGCGCGACGGUGCUGUGAUCAACGACAACCAGGUGGUUCCCGUCCAGGCGGUUGCGGCUGCGCUUUCGCAGGUGGUCAGCGGUCAGAAGACCAAGCGAGGUGAGACCAAAGAGACCGAUAACGUCAACCAAAUUGCACCUGCUCAAGCCACCCUUUCCGCCCUCUCCGAUGUCAUUAGCAGCGCGCACGCCCGCCGAGCGAUGGAUGUAGAGCAGUACAAGACGCUCACGUACGCCGUGGAUGCGCUCCAGAAGGCGGUCGACCAGACCAACUACUCUGACAAGACGCACCACGUGGAUGCCAUGACGGGCACCGCCGAACACCUCACCGACAAGCGCGACUCGUCCGCCGACCCCACUGCCCUGCUUGGCUCGGCCAUGAGCGGCAUCUCUGUUCCCGUUGGCAACAAGGAUCUGCUCAAGGGCCUUGCCAGGCGUUGGGCUGCCGAGGAGGACGCAGCCAUGGCUAAGCGUCGCUCGGUUGAUGGCCGUGGUCAGCGCCCGCGUCCUCGCGGCUCUUCGGAGCACAACAACAACGGUCAGUGCUCCGUUGGCGAUGCGCAGUGCUGCACCCAGGUUAUCAAGGACGAGGGCAAGAAGAAGACGCUCGCCGGCGUGCUUGGUCUCAACUCGCUUGCUGAGGGCGACAUCGGUCUCAACUGCCAGCAGAUCCCCCUCCUCGGUGGUAUUGCGGCACAGAGCAUCUGCAAGGCUACCCCAGUCUGCUGCACCAACGUUAGCCAGGACGGUCUUGUCAACAUCGGUUGCACGUCGAUCCCCAUCAACUAA